AAUCUAUCAGCACACACAUCCUUUUAACCAAACAUGAAGUUCGUGAUUGUUCUCGCUUGCCUUUUGGCCGUGGCUUUUGCCAACGAGGAGGCUGAUGUCCUAAAGAGCGACUCGGAGGUGAACGUGCUGGACUUCAACUACAACUACGAGCUCUCCAACCACAUUCGCGCUGUCCAGUCUGGAGCUCUGAAGGAGCACGACAACUGGGUGGUUUCCGGCGAGUACGAGUACGUGGCCCCCAACGGCAAGACCGUCAAGGUUGUGUACACCGCUGACGAAACCGGCUACCACCCAAAGGUCGUCGAGGCCUAAUCUAUUAGCCGAUUCCCUUAGCCCGAAAUAAAAUUGA